ACGAGGUCAUCGUGCAAUGCUUUGACUGAGGGAGUCAUAUUGGAGCCCUUACUUGUGUUUGUUUCUUUUUAAGAUUACAUUCCAGGUUCAUUCCAAGUAAAUCACACAAUCAAAAUGUGGGAACAAGCUCUGUGUAUCAUUAUGCUUAUUGGGACAAGCAGCACGAGUGGUACUGUAUCCGGACGUCCUCCAGACAUUAUAGCUGUGGAGGGAGGAAGUAUUCUUUUGAGGUCACCCAGAAGCUUUUCCGGCAACGUAGCAUCUGUUAUCUGGGAUCUAGAUCACUCUUCACAGCCCACUCAAAUUGCCGAAUGGAAUCCAGGAGGUGAGCCUGAAGUCCAUGCACCAUUGAACAAAGAGCAAGACAAACUGGUCCCACCAAGUGGAGACCUGUUAAUAGGAAAAGCAUCUAAGUCUCAUGGAGGAGUUUACACAUGCCGUGUUACAGAUGCAAAGCAUGUAGAGUGGAAUAGUCGGUGCAAUGUAGAAGUCUAUGAUAAGGGACAGAGAACCAUACAAGUGAAAGGCCUAAAUACACAAGUAUUGGCGGCCUAUGGGCAACAACUUGAAAUAAAUUUGGUCAAGUUCAGUCAAGAAAGACUUACGAACGAGGAUGUAUGGCAGGUCAGGUUGACGCUAAAAAAAGACAAUGUAUCUGAAGAUUUGCUGCAUUGCUUCUCAAAUCUAUCCUCAGCUGAGAAUUUCACCUGUGACUUAAUAACUGAAGAAGUAAUUAUGCAGAACACUGGAACAACUAUCAACCUGGGUAUGGUUAAUAAUUCUCAGACUAUAACCGGCCAUGCUGUGUUCAAGACGGGGGUACAUAAGGACAUAAUUGUGAACAUUGUUACAGAACAGCCAGGUUUGACAACUUUGGAACCAGAAAUCCAAGAUGUUACUGGUUCAACUCCAAAGCCAAAGCUCCAAAAUCCCACUAGUCCUGCAACUCCAUCAAUUGGGACCAAUCUCAUAGUCAGCAUCAAGAUAAUUUUUUGUCUUGUAUGUAGUGGCCUCGGCAUUAUGUAUUUGGCCAGCAACUGAUUAACUGAAAAACACUUAAGAUAGUAUAAAAUUAAGACUCUGUGGCUUUUCUCCUCUUUAGGUCUUCUAGUGUAUGACUUCUAAGUGGGUCAAGUCCCAGUAAGGAAAGAUAAUUUUAGAUUGGCCUAUAGGGAAGAGCCAGAGAGUCUAAUUACAGCUUGUUCAUAGUGUCCGUGUAAAAAGUCUCAUUGUGCACUUCACUGGGAAUGCAAUAAAUGGUUACCUGUAGUACUGAUUACCCUCAAACUUACUGGAGGUAGAGUUGAAAAACCAACUAAAUUAGGUCCUUUUUUAUUUAUUUAUUUAUUUAUUUAUUUAUUUAUUUAUUUUGAAGCUAAGCAAGUUUUUCUUUGUUGUCAGGUUGGUUUUUCAACUCUACCUCCAGUAGCAAUUAGUAUUGCAAUCUGACCUGUAUUUAAGUCACUUGUUUGUAAGUUUAAGGAUAAUAAGUAGCAUGGUUUUCUUCUGCCUGUAAUCUUCUAUAUACCUAUAUGCCAAGUUGCUGUUUAAUUUGCAGAAAAAUAGAUCUUAUUAUCAUUUACUGUGCUGAUGAAAUGCGUAUGAUACAUAACAUAUUGUCUUGUUAAGCAACAUUUGGAUAAGAUGCUGUUGAUAGAGUAAAAUUUCUGUUUUCAACAACUGUAAUUAAUUAAGAUUUUAAGUAUCAGUGGUUUAUAUAUAUAUAUAUAUAUAUAUAUAUGUAUAUAUAUGUAUGUUUUGAAAAGACGUGUUUGUGCACCGCACCACCUGGUGUCAUGUGACUUUACGUGGUAAUCUUGCACGUAAUAAAGUAGAGCUUUAAUAAAGGAGAAGCAGCCAUUAGAUGCCAAAACUCUUUAAUUCUGAAACCGUUAAUGCUAGAGACCUCUUGUUUCUUGCAUUUUGUAGAGCUUGUCAAGUGUAACACUGGAAGUGGUUACCAAUUUUUUGUUUUCUAUACAGUUUAAGAAUUGCACUAUAAAAAAGGGCAUAACAUCGCAAUAUUCAGUGGUGAAAAUAAAAUGUGAAAUUACUGGGAAAUUAGCUGAGAUACGCCCAUAGUUA